AUGUUACCUACAUUAGAGAGACUUGGAGAAAAUAAUAGUUUACCAGCAUUAUUUCUUUCUUUCGAUCUUGGCGAAAAGUUGGCUAAUGCAGCUCGUAAUUCAUCGUUUACCGUUGCUGUUCGCUUUGUUAUACCUGUUACCAUUGAAAAUGUAAUUCCUGUCAAUAAUAUUUGUGCAGAUACUCCUACAGGUGAUCCUACUCAGACAAUUUUGAUUGGAAGUCAUGCUGACAGUGUACCCACUGGACCAGGCAUAAAUGACAAGGAAUUUGACAAACAAAACAAUGAAUCAAAUACGUCUAUCCAAGAUGCUGAUGUCGAAGUAAAAGAUAAUUUAAGUUACGAAUGUAAACAAUCGGUUAUUGAGGAAGAAGAUAAUUCACUUUUACAACCGGACUUGACGUAUCCAUCAGAUGUUUCUUCAUCUUCUCUUUCGUCUGAUUUCAACGCUUCUGAAAGUGUGAAGUCUUUUGCUCUUGUUGAAGCAACACAUAGUGUUCAUUCAGCAGCAGUAUGUCGAGGUUUUAAGAGAAUUAAGAACGAACCUAUGACAAGAAAAUUAGAAGAUCAAGCAAUGAGAGCAGCGUCAGAAGAACGUGAUUUUCUUUGCAAAGAAUUCUUAAAAAAACAUUAUUGUUCUCGUAUUGGAUCGAACAACUUCGAAGAACUAUAUGUUCGUAUAUUAUCGGUGAUCAAAGAUACUAAUCGUGUCUAUUAUCUAAUGAAACGUGCUCGGCAUUCAUGUUUUGGUCUAGUGCAAGCAAUAAAUAACGAUGAUCAAUUGUUGGCUUUAUUCCAAUUUUUGGAUGAUUUUCUAUCAUGA